AUGAACCGGGAUGAAUCACACAAUGAUGUUUCUGAGUCCUCUCCCCUUCUUCGCGACCGACUUGAGGUCGCAAUACAAGAAAAGAGGUUAUUUUGGCAGAAGCACUGGAUCAAGCUGCUUCUUUGCGCAUUUUCUUUUAUCAUGAUGCUUGGUGACAACCUCCAGCCGGCCGCCCUGACUCAAAUCUUAGAGACCGUCAUCUGCGAUGACUAUUACCGCGUGCAUCCCCUACCCACAGGACCGUCAGCUCAGCAUUGCAAGAUUCAACCGGUGCAAAAGGAGCUUGCUCUGGUGCGCGGGUUUCAACAGCUUGUUCCUCUCUUUCCAGGACUGCUGUGCACAGUGCCGUACGGCCUGCUGGCUGACCGAAUCGGACGCAAGCGUGUGCUAGUUCUUACUGGGGCUGGUCUUUUGGCUGCACUGUCCUGGACCAUGGCCGUAUGCUACUGGCGAAUUGUCUCCAUUCGCUGGGUGCUACUUUCGGGGGCCUUCUUGUUUGUUGGCGGCGGAGACGCCGUACUUUCUAGCAUAGUCCAUAUCAUGGUUACGGAGACAACCGCUCCAGGCGAAUGGGCGCAGGUCUUCUUGUACCUACACGCAGCCGACGUAAUCUCAGGCUUCUUUGGCCCUGCGAUAAGCGCCCCCUUGAUGGAGAAAGGACAUCCCUGGGCCGUAUUAAUGCUGGCCGCAGUCGUGCUCUUCUCCGGCACAUUUCUGCUGACAAGAUUCAUCCCGGAAUCAUUACACCUGAAGAAACAGGAUCUGUCACCUGGCAACACUCAUUUGGGCCCGGGUUCUCCAGAGGCCCUUCCGCAAGACACACUCCUCGGCCAUACACGAUCCUCGACUUACCCUAAUGCUAUAACUGCAAAAUUCGCGAAACAUCUUCCACGUCGAGUCGCACGCGUGCUGACUCCGUUUCUGAACGUGUUGACCUCCAACCGACAAGCCAUCCUGCUUCUAGUGCUGUUCGCCCCUCAAACGGCCGCACGCGAACUGUUCACGGUGAUUGGCCUUCAGUACUCCAGUGCUAAGUUUUCCCUGUCCUAUGCCCGAGGGAACGUGCUUCUAUCUAUCUUUCAAGGCGCUCAGGGCCUCUUCGUCCUCGUGCUUUUACCCUUGAUCACCCGCACUAUCGCCGAACCCCGCGGCUGGACGGCCUGGGCGCGUGACCGCCGGUAUGCUAUUGCCUCCAUGGCUGUGACGGCCUGUGGUCUUAUGACAAUUGGCAUAGCGCCUGUGCUGUGGGUUGAGGCCGCUGGGCUUCUAUUUGUGGCGCUUGGGAGUUGUUCAACGGGGUUGUUGAUGAGUCUGUUGGGUGGAGCUGUGCAGCCGCACGAGGUGAGCACUGUCUAUGGUUUGGCGCUAGGCGCCAGUAUGGUGACUCGGAGUGUCACUGGCCCAGUAGUUAGUGUGCUGUUAGUGGAAGGCUUCGAGCUGGGGUGGAAUUGGAUGGGUCUACCGUUUGCCACGAUAGCGCUGCUGAUGGCAGGUGUCACAUUUGCCAGUGGGUUCAUUCGGUCCGAAAAGGUGGAGGAGGAUGAAUACCAAGAGUGA